AUGCUUUUUUGCUUUCUCUUUACUCUGAACAGACGGGUAAUGUUUCAGCAUAGGGAAGUGUCCUUAGUCGGUUACUUUGGCUCCAUACAGUUACACUCCUGUGAACAGCUUUAGGAUCUUAGAGGCUCUCUUCUCAUCUGUGAGGGUCCACACAGGCCCUGGAAUUAUGUAAAUGUGGAGCUGUUUCAUGUAGAUAGCAGCUCUGUGGAGGCACCAUAUAUUACUAUGUCCUUGUGAAGGUAGUUUGUGCAGCAGGAUGGCAUGGCCCGGGCUUCUGGACUUCUCUCUAGGGAAAAAGACUUAAAAAGUCCUGUUGAAAAUGGAAUUCCUAAAAAGCCUGGUUCCAGCUGCCAUCUCAGGUGAAGGAACCGUUGAACAUGGUGGAAGCUUACCAAAGGAACCAGGUACACGGCUUCUUCGCAUGAAGAGACUAGGCCUGCUUGCCAUGGGACAGACUGUUGAAGAAGAACUGGUAGAUCCAGUGGUAAACGCGAAUGCAGGAAUAAGCUCCUCCAGACUUGUCCACAGUAGCCAAACCCGCCUCAAAGGAAACAUCCGUCAUAUUAGGAAAGUCUCCUUUUUACAUCAUGCUGUUGGUGGCAGGGGUCAUAAUGCUUCUACACCAGUCAACAGCAGCGUGAAUAGACGCCGUGCACCCUCCUCAGUGACUCCCAUCUCGUGGGAGAAACGGACCAGCGUCGCCAUGUCGAGCAUCACCAUCGACCCUGAGCUCAAGCCCGGGGAGUUUGUCAUCAAGAGUCUGUUUGCUGAGUUUGCUGUGCUGGCUGAGAAGAAGAUCGAGAUGGUGAUGGCUGAACCGCUGGAGAAACCACUUUCCCGAUCCCUCCAGAGAGGGGAAGAUGCACAAUUUGACCAGUUAAUAAGCUCUAUGAGCUCAAUAGCAGAACACUGUUUGCCCUCCCUGCUGCGCACACUGUUUGACUGGUACCGACGGCAGAGUGGUACUGAAGAUGAGUCUUAUGAAUACAGGCCUCGCUCCAGCACAAAGUCUAAAGGAGAUGAGCAGCACCGGGAUAAAGAUUACCUUCUGGAACGGCGCGACUUGGCCAUAGAUUUCAUUUUUUGUUUAGUUUCAGUGGAAGUUCUAAAACAGAUUCCUCUUCACCCAGUGCCAGAUGCUUUAGUACAUGAAGUUCUAAACCUGGCUUUCAAGCACUUUAAACAUAGAGAGGGAUACUGUGGCCCCAACACUGGUAAUGUUCACAUCAUUGCAGACCUGUAUGCCGAGGUCAUUGGGGUUCUUACACAGUCAAAGUUUCAGGCCGUGAGGAAGAAGUUCAUCACAGAACUGAAGGAGCUCAGACAAAAAGAGCAGAGUCCUUAUGUAGUGCAGAGCAUUAUUAGUCUCAUCAUGGGCAUGAAGUUCUUUCGUGUCAAAAUGUAUCCUGUGGAGGAUUUUGAAGCUUCUUUUCAGUUCAUGCAGGAGUGUGCCCAGUAUUUCCUUGAAGUCAAGGAUAAAGACAUAAAGCACGCUUUAGCCGGUCUUUUUGUUGAGAUCCUCAUUCCUGUUGCAGCUGCAGUGAAAAAUGAAGUCAAUGUGCCAUGUCUUAAAACUUUUGUUGAGAUGCUCUACCAGACAACAUCUGACCUUAGUUCCAGAAAGAAGCACUCUUUGGCUCUGUAUCCCCUGGUAACGUGCUUGCUGUGUGUCAGUCAGAAGCAGUUCUUCCUCAACAACUGGCACAUCUUCCUCACGAACUGUCUCUCGCACCUAAAGAUGCCGUCUAACAACAGCAUCCGAAAGCAGAUUGAGACACUGCAGAAUAAAGACCCUAAAAUGUCCCGUGUAGCAUUGGAGUCUCUCUAUAGGCUGCUCUGGGUCUAUAUUAUCAGGAUCAAGUGUGAGAGCAACACUGUCACACAGAGUCGACUGCUCAGCAUUGUGUCAGCACUUUUCCCCAAAGGAUCCCGUAGUGUGGUGCCCAGAGACACACCCCUCAACAUCUUUGUCAAGAUCAUCCAGUUCAUAGCUCAGGAACGAUUAGACUUUGCUAUGAAGGAGAUCAUCUACGACCUCCUGUGUGUGGGGAAGUCUCACAAAACCUUUACCAUCAAUCCGGAGAGGAUGAAUAUUGGUUUGCGAGCCUUCUUGGUGAUUGCUGACAGCUUACAGCAAAAAGAUGGAGAGCCACCGAUGCCUACUACAGGGAUCAUCAUGCCCUCUGGGAACACCCUGCGUGUCAAAAAGAUCUUUCUGAAUACCACCCUCACUGAUGAAGAAGCCAAAGUCAUAGGCAUGUCAUUGUACUAUCCACAAGUAAGAAAAGCCUUGGAUAACAUCCUGCGCCACUUGGACAAAGAAGUGGGACGCCCCAUGAGUAUGACCAGUGUACAGAUGUCCAACAAGGAGCCUGAGGACAUGAUCACAGGAGAAAGGAAGCCAAAGAUAGAUCUCUUCCGAACCUGUGUGGCUGCCAUCCCAAGACUGAUACCAGAUGGCAUGAGCCGACAAGAUCUAAUAGAGCUUCUUGCCAAAUUGACCAUCCACAUGGAUGAGGAGCUGCGUGGUCUUGCCUUUACAACUCUUCAAGCCCUGAUGGUGGAUUUCCCUGAGUGGCGGGAAGAUGUUCUCUCAGGCUUUGUGUACUUCAUAGUCAGAGAGGUAACUGAUGUCCAUCCUACACUUCUGGACAAUGCUGUCAAGAUGCUUCUGCAGCUCAUCAUCCAGUGGAAACAGGCAGCUCAGAGCAGCAAUAAGAGUCACGAUGCACAGGGCUCGAGCAACAGCCGUUCUCUGUCCUUGGAGCGCACCGUCCCUUUGGGUGUGCUUCAUGUGGUGGAGGGUUUAGCACUGGUUGUGCUCUGUAGCUGCCGUCCGAACACACGCAGGUUGGCUGUUAAUGUUCUCAAGGAGGUCCGUGCACUGCACACUGCUUUGGGCAUUGGAAAGGGGGAUGAGGAAUUAGCUAUUGACGUGAUGGACAGAUUGAGUGCAUCAGUGUUGGAGAGCUUCAUUCAUCUCACUGGAGCUGACCAGACCAACCUGUUGUACUGUCCCAGUGGGAUUGACCUUCAGACGCUAGCUGAAUGGAGUUCAUCUCCCAUCAGCCACCAAUUUGAUGUCAUAAGCCCCUCACACAUCUGGGUGUUUGCCCACGUUACUCAAGGCCAGGACCCCUGGGUCAUCAGCUUCUCCAGCUACCUGCGGCAGGAGAACCUGCCCAAACAUUGCCCAUCCGCUCUCAACUAUGCCUGGAUGUUUGCCUACACCCGCUUACAGCUACUGUCUCCACAAGUGGAUAUAAAUAGUCCCAUCAAUGCCAAAAAAGUGAACAGUCUUAACAGCAGUGACUCUUACAUUGGCCUUUGGAGGAACUACCUGAUCCUCUGCUGCAGCUCCGCUUCGUCCUCCCCCUCCAUGUCUUCCUCAUCCUCCACUUCUGGCUCCGUCCGUUGUUCCCCGCCUGAGACGCUGGCGUCUACGCCGGACAGCGGCUACAGCUAUGACUCAAAGAUUGUUGGCACUCCGUCCCCCUCCUCCCUGUUCAAACACAUUGUUCCAAUGAUGCGCUCUGAGAGCAUGGACAUCACGGAGUCUCUCGUGUUGGGGCUUGGCAGGACCAACCCCGUGGCCUUCAGAGAGUUGAUUGAGGAGCUAAAUCCAAUCAUAAAAGAAGCUUUAGAAAGAAGACCUGAAAAUAUGAAGCGACGCAGGCGUCGGGACAUCCUCAGGGUCCAGCUGGUCAGAAUAUUUGAGCUACUUGCCGAUGCUGGUGUCAUCAGUCAAAUAGCCAGUGGAGGGUUAGAUGGAGAGAGCCACUCUCUGAACAGUACACUUCUCGAGUACGUUGAUCUGACUAGGCAGUUGCUGGAGGCUGAAAAUGACAAGGACUCUGACACACUGAAGGACAUUCGCUGUCACUUCAGUGCACUUGUGGCCAAUAUCAUUCAGAAUGUUUCAGUACACCAGAGGAGGACAAUCUUCCCUCAGCAGUCACUGCGACACAGUCUCUUCAUGCUGUUUAGUCACUGGGCUGGUCCCUUCAGCAUCAUGUUCACUCCUCUGGAUCGCUAUAGUGACAGAAAUGUGCAGAUCAACCGCCAUCAGUACUGUGCACUAAAGGCCAUGUCUGCUGUGUUGUGUUGUGGGCCUGUAGCUGAUAAUGUUGGCCUUUCCUCUGAUGGCUACCUCUACAAAUGGCUGGACAACAUCCUGGAUUCGCAGGACAAAAAGGUUCAGCAGCUGGGUUGUGAGGCCGUGAUGCUGCUACUGGAGCUGAACCCAGACCAGAGCAACCUCAUGUUCUGGGCUGUUGACCGUUGUUACACCGGUUCCCGCCGUGUGGCCGCCGGCUGCUUCAGGGCCAUUGCUAAUGUCUUUCACAACAGGGACUAUCAGUUUGACACUGUGGUGCUGCUGAACUUGAUUCUGUUUAAGGCAGCUGAUUCUUCCAGGAAUAUCUAUGAAGUGGCCAUGCAGCUGUUACAGAUCCUAGAGCCAAAGCUCUUCCGUUAUGCCCACAAACUGGAGAUCCAGCGAACAGAUGGAAUCUUGACCCCUCCGUCGCUGCUGCCACACCUCUACUCUGUGUCUUACUACCAGCUGUCCGAGGAGCUUGCAAGGACUUACCCUGAGCUCACUCUGCCCAUCUUCUCAGAGGUGAGCCAGCGUAUCCAGACAGCGCAUCCCGGUGGCCGUCAAGUAAUGUUGCACUAUCUGCUACCUUGGAUGAACAACGUAGAGCUGGUUGAGUUCAAACCAAUCACACGGCGACCAGAGGAUUGCGGCAGUGGUGAGGAGGAAGAGGAUGUCCACGACCGUGAAAUUAUGAUGGUGAACAGUCGACGCUGGCUCCGGGGAGAGGGCUGGGGAUCUCCUCGUGCAACAACUAUGGUGCUAAACAACCUCAUGUUUAUGACUGCUAAGUACGGGGAUGAGUUUGCUUGGUCAGAAAUUGAGAAUGUAUGGACGACAUUAGCAGACAGCUGGCCAAAGAACCUGAGAAUCAUUCUGCACUUCCUCAUCAGUAUGUCAGGAGUCAACAGUGACCCCAGCCUCUUGCCCUACGUGAAACGAGUGGUGGUUUACUUGGGCAGAGAUAAGACUAUGCAACUCCUGGAGGAAUUGAUGUGUGAGCUUGAGUUGACUGAUCCUGUCAGCUCAGCUGUUACUCACAUGGACAACCCCCCUUAUUACCGCAUCACCUCCAGUUACAAGAUCCCAUCAGUCACCUCAGGAACAACUUCCAGUAGCAAUACCAUGGUACCAGGAAGCGAUGGUCAUCAUGAUGGCAAGAUCAAAGACUCCAACAUGGAAGACGGUUACACACACUUGGAUUUCCACUGUGGUCUGAACACCAACCUGAACCGCCAGCACCACCGUCUGGAAUCUCGCUACAGCAGCAGCUCCGGAGGUUCUUAUGAAGAUGAGAAGAGCGAUUCCAUGCCACUUUAUGCAAACUGGCGUUUGAAAGUGAUGGAUCAGAACCAGCCAGAGCCUCUUCCCUUCCCUCCAACGGGAGGCUGCUGGUCUCCACUAGUGGACUAUUUACCAGAGACGAACACCCCUGCAGUUCCACUCCAAAGGUGUAACAUCGCAGUUAUCCUCCUGACUGAUCUCAUUGUGGACCAUGGGGUCAAAGUAGAGUGGAGUGCCUACCUUCACCUCCUGCUACACGCUGUGUUUAUAGGAUUUGAUCACCAGCACCCAGAGGUGUAUGAGCACUGCAAACGCCUGCUUCUCCACCUGCUCGUUGUCCAGGGUACAAAUAGCAGUGUUCAGUCUGUGGCUAUGGUGCUGUUACGCAAUAGAGACUACAAUGAUCCAAGGGUCCUGACUGUGAAGCCAGCAGCUCCGGAGUUGAACCUCACAGGAGCACAAGAGACUUUGCCAGAUUUUCAGUCGUCACCUAUGACCGACUCCGGCCUGAGCUCAAGCUCUACAUCCUCCAGUAUCAGUAUCGGGGUUGGAGGUACUGCUCUAUCCCACCUCUCACCUACACUUCUCACCGAGGAAGAUGUCACUGCUGAACAGGAUGAGAAGACCAAAGCUCUCAUUGAGUUUAUUACAUCAAGAAAGCGUGGUCCACUCUGGAAUCACGAAGAUGUGUCGCCCAAGAAUCCCAACAUUAAGAGUGCUGACCAGCUGAGUGUUUUUGUCAGACAUGUGGUGACCGUUUUCAAGCAUUACCAGACAGGUUUUCAACUGGAUUCCCUGCUGAGUGAAGUAGCUCUACAAACGGCUCUGUCUUGCUCUUCUCGCCACUACGCUGGUCGCUCAUUCCAGAUUUUCAGAGCACUGAAACAACCUCUGACUCCAGCCACACUGUCUGACAUUCUGUCUCGGCUGGUUGAGACUGUAGGUGACCCAGGAGAAGAGGCUCAGGGCUUUGUGAUUGAGCUGCUCCUGACAUUGGAGUCAGGCAUUGACACAUUAGCAGACACGGUCAAAAACUAUGAUCUCCUCACGGCUCUAGCGCAUACCUCAUCCCGGGAGCACUUGUUUGGAACAAAGUUCACUGCAAACAGGAAGAGCACAGGCCAGCUCAACCUCAGCAGUGGUGGCCUCUUGCAGCAUGUCCAUACUCGCAGCAACUCUCUUCGUGCAAGUCUGAUUGGUGAACGGAAAGUUGACAGACGUAGGAGUAACACCCUGGACAUAGCAGACAGACUCGGCGGUAGCCAUGGGAACCUGGCACGUACACGGAGUUUAUCAUCACUAGGUGGAGGAGGAAGUCCAGGGGGAGAGGCAGCCCCUCCUGUGGACCCCUCAAACCUCAUGGCCACUGUCUUCUGGAUCGCCACCUCUUUGCUUGAGUCAGACUAUGAGUUUGAAUACUUGCUGGCUCUGCGGCUCCUUAACAAACUGCUCGGUCAGCUGCCUCUGGACCGUGCAGACAGCAGAGAACGUCUGGAGAAUGUACAGGCCAAGCUGAAGUGGUAUAACUUCCCUGGUCUGCUACAGCUCUUCCUUAAAGGCUUCACCUCUGCUUCAACACAAGAGCUCACCAUUCACCUGCUCAGCAAGCUCAUCAGUGUUUCCAGACAGACGCUUAUAGACCCCUCACAAGUAGCAGGUUUUCCUUUAAAUAUCCUGUGCCUCCUACCACACCUCAUCCAGCACUUUGAUAACCCGACUCCUUUCUGUAAAGAGACGGCUGAUAAAAUAGCUAAGGUGUGCGCAGAAGAGAAGACAGCCACACUGUCAAACCUGGCCCACAUGAUGAGCCUGUACAGCACACACAGCUAUUCCCGCGACUGCACCAACUGGAUCAAUGUGGUCUGCCGUUACCUCCAUGAUGCCUUUGCUGAAAGAACCUUGAACCUGGUCACUUACUUGGCUGAGCUGCUGGAGAAGGGCCUUCCCGGCAUGCAGCAGUCCCUGCUGCAGAUCAUGUACAGCCUUCUGAGUCAUAUUGACCUCUCAGCGGCUCCAGUAAAACAGUUCAACCUCGAAAUAAUGAAGAUCAUUGGAAAAUAUGUUCAGAGCCCACACUGGAAAGAGGCCCAAAACAUUCUGAAGUUGGUCGUGUCUCGGUCAGCCAGCCUCGUUGUGCCGGACGAUGUGCAGCGCUCCUAUAGUACAGAAUCUUGCAGCUCUCCUGAAAUUGCCUUCACACGCAUAUUCAACAACUCUUCCAAGGAGCUUCCGGGCAAGACUCUGGACUUUCAUUUUGACAUCUCAGAGACACCAAUAAUAGGACACAAAUAUGGUGAUCAGCGUACUGCAGCUGGCCGAAAUGGAAAGCCACAGGUGAUUGCUGUAACAAGGAGUACAUCCUCCACAUCGUCUGGCUCCAACUCCAACGGUCUGGUGCAAGUUAGCUGGAAGAGGCCUCAACUCUCUCAGAGAAGAACCAGAGAGAGGCUGAUGAAUGUCCUGUCUUUAUGUGGUCCGGAAUCUGGCAUUCCCAAAAAUCCAUCUGUGAUAUUCUCAUCCAAUGAGGACCUGGACUCUUCGGACCAGCAGACGAGUCUUAUUCCCACCGUGGAGGAGGUGGUCAGGGAGGAGGAGUCUCUGGGAGAAGAUACAGGCAGUGAGCAGCAGUUUGGUGUCUUUAAGGACUUUGACUUCUUAGAUGUGGAGUUGGAGGAUGCUGAGGGGGAGAGCAUGGACAACUUCAACUGGGGGGUACGGCGUCGCUCACUGGAGAGCAUGGACAAAGGGGACACGCCGUCUUUGCAGGAGUGCCAGUACGCAGGCAGCACGCCAAGCCUUAAUCUCACCAACCACGAGGACACAGAUGAAUCAUCUGAGGAGGAGGUACUGAGCGCUAGCCAGAUUCUCACCCGCUCUGGCCUUCUGAACAGCGACUCGGCCACAGAUGACACUGCAUCCAAUCAUGUGGACUCUUUACAGCAGUCUCAAGAAUCGUCCAGCAGUGCCAUUACUGAGGAGGCCACUGUCCUGCCCGCUCUGCCCUCUCUGCCCUCCCUCCCCCGGCUGGAUAGCCCCAAUUUGGAGAUGGCCCACUCAGACAGCACCUGCAGCCAGCUGCCUGAGGAUGCUGUAAGCGUGACGGCAGCAGACGAGCUGAGCAGCAGUGUUAGUGAGGACACGGGGUUUUGCAGUGCCCCCCCUCUUCCCUCUGACCCCCCAGAGCUGUGUGACCUCACGGACUCACAGGACCCUCAGAACCUCCAGGAGACACAGGACCCUCCCCAGGACCUGGAUCCAGCCCCCCCUCCUCCGCCGGCCAUUGAUACACCACCAGGGUCCCUUUGUGAUGAAGUACUCCAGACGGUGAUACCUCUGUGUCUGCCUGUCCCACCUGAAACUAAGCCGGACCCAGAUCCAGAUCCAGACAGCAUAUGUGGCUCUAUGUGGGAAGAAGAUGUGACUCAGGCCUUGAAGGAGCUGGAUGAACGCUGUGAGGAAGAGGAGGCAGACUUCUCUGGCAUGUCAAGUCAAGAUGAAGGUGACGCAGACUGCUUCCCAGAAAUUCAGGCCUCUCCACCCCCUUCACCCUUCCUCUCUGCCAUUCUGGCAGCAUUUCAGCCUGUUGCCUACGACAAUGAGGAAGAUGCUUGGCGUUGCCAUGUCAACCAGAUGUUGUCAGACACUGAUGGGUCCUCUGCUGUUUACACAUUUCAUGUAUUCUCCCGGCUUUUUGAGAGUAUUCAGAGGAAAUUUGGCUCAAUUACACAUUCUUCUGUUCGCUUUCUUGGAGAACGGCUCCAACGAAUGGGUAAUCAGUUCCUUAGCUCCCUGGAAGUCAUGACGUCUUGCUCACAAUGCCCUACUGUGUUGCUGGAUGCAGAGACGCUGGUUUCUUGUGGACUGUUGGAGACUCUGAAAUUUAGUGUACUGGAGUUGCAGGAGCACCUGGAUACUUACAAUGCAAAAAAAGAAGCAGCUGAGCUUUGGCUGGAGAACUGCAGGAAAACCUUCGGGGACAAAGACAGCAGCCAAAGACCAAAUACUCAUGCACAGCAAAUGGAAAAUCUAGCAGAACUGGAGUUGUGUCGUAGACUCUACAAGUUGCACUUUCAGCUGCUGCUGCUGUUCCAGGCUUACUGUAAACUCAUCAGUCGGGUGGACACCAUCAAGAGAGAGGCAGAGGUUACCAACAUGUCUGAAGAACUGGGCAUCUUGGAGAGCUGCCUGAAUGAGGCAGACACAGGAAAUGAUGGUCAGGAGGAUGUGUGCAUGUCAGACAAUGCCCAGACCAACACAGAGACAGCCAUCCAGUCCCUGAUUGAAACUCUUAGAGCCAGAGAUUUCAGGUCUGCCCUCACACAAGUCAAGAUAUUUAGGUCUUUGUGGCCUAAUGACAUUUUUGGCAACGAGACAGAUAAUGCAGUUCAGACCCUUCUGCACAUCUACUUCCGUCACCAGACACUGGGCCAGACGGGCUGCUUGGCCGUGGUGGGCCCCAGCAGGGACCUGACUCAAGCAAGCACCCGCCUCAUGGAGCUCAACCUGCAGAUCCGCGAGGCUCUGAGUCGGGCGCAGGCCGGCCAGCCCCACACCACCAUGCUCAGCACUGGACUGUGAGCUGCUGCUGCUGGACAGAACCCCCCCCCACUUUACAGACACCUCACAUCAGCUGUGGAGAGGGGGUAGACAAGAGAGACUCAACCUAUAAAGGGCUAAAGGAUGCGUGGGAAUAAUUGCGAUUAAUAAUAUACUAUUAUGUGUAUGAAUGCUUAAAGCUAACAUCUUUUUCAAGACUAAGCCAACUUACAAAAUUCUGUUGCAAUAAGUCCUGUGGUGGUGUGUUGAAAACAUGAACGAACACAGUGGUAUGCUCCUACUUUUUUUUUUUGUUUAGUUUUUUGCCUGAUGGGACCUGAAGGUCCCGUCACGAUGAGCGGUCGCCUCCGCGCUUGGGAGCUGAAGCAUGCACGGCAGUCCAGAGGAGGCCUGUUUGAGAACACACCAUCAGGAUUCAUAAACUUGGAAAACCCUUGUUCAGAAGUUUUCAGACGCAUGCUUGAAAUAGAAAAGCACUGCAAGAAUAUUUUUUGAGAAAUGUAUUUUUUAUUAGAGCUAACAUACUAGGUUGUAAAUGUUAGGAUAUUUAACAUGUAACCCUGUGGGAAACCUUUGCCUUUGGGAAAUGUAAAGAGAAAUGUUUAUUGAUCUGCUCUGAGAGGAGAGUCCCUUCAAAAGGUCUUCAUGCAGAACUCUUUAACCAAAUAAGUAGAUGCCUUUAGAGACUCUUGACUGUGUGAUAUGUAUUGGAAGUUCUGGUGUACACAUACAAGUACAGGCUGGUGACAUAACUUAUUUUACUGUAUAUAUUUUAGAAAAUGUAUAGUGUAAAACCAGUAUUUUUCCCCUUUUGUGUAAUGCACUGUUUAUCCAAAAUAGGAUGUAUAAAGCUAAUUUAAUGAGGAAGCCAGGACCAGAUUUGAGUUAUUUGAUUCCACUUGUCAUUCAUGGUUAUGGCGAGGCUAGUAAUGCACGAGUCCAGACAUCCUCUACAUGUCUUUGGCACAUGUUAAUGUAUUCAUUCCUCAGUUAUUUUCCAAAACCAUUUACAGGGAAAUAUGCAUUAUACCAGCUUUCUCUGGAAAAUAAAGGCUUCCCUGCAGAAGUGGGGAUCU